AUGUCGUUUCAUAAGUGCUGGAAAAAUGUUCGCGGGGUAGAUAUUUUCAGUAUUCUUCUUGUAUUAGCAUUUUCGACUGUGGUAUCAUCGUCACCAGCAAAACAACAUGAUCCAGAUUGUGAUUUGAAUAUUACUCAACUCAUUCAAAGUAAAGGCUACCCGUGUGAAGAACAUAAAGUUAUCACUGAUGAUGGCUACAUUUUGGGUGUGUUUCGUCUUCCGCAUGGUCGCAACAGUUCCUUCAUAGGUCCACCUGUUUUUUUACAGCACGGCCUUCUCGAUGCUGCUGUAACAUGGGUGAUGAACUUUCCGGAUCAAAGCCUUGCGUUUAUGCUUGCCGAUGCUGGCUACGAUGUUUGGUUGGGCAAUGUUCGUGGUAAUUACUACUCACGUGCACAUGUCAAAUACAAUCCGGAUCGCGAUAUAGAAUUCUGGGAUUUCAGUUGGGCCGAUAUGGCAAGAGAUGAUCUUCCGUCGAUGAUCAACUAUAUUCUAAGUAGAACUCAGCAGACCAAGAUUGGCUAUGUUGGUCACUCCCAAGGCACUCUAAUAGCUUUCGCACAGUUCGGAGAUAUCAACAGCAACCUUCAGCAAAACGUUAGUUUCUUUGCUGGUCUAGCUCCUGUAGCACAUUUAGGACAUAUAAAAUCUCCAUUGAAAUACUUAGCAGAGCUUUCGAAAGAUCCCGAGCGUAUGCUUCAUUUGUUAUUCGGCUAUAGAGAAUUUCUUCCCUCGUCAAAUAUCAUCAAAUGGUUAGCAACGCAUGCCUGUGGAAGUGUGAUAUUAGAUCCAUUAGUUUGCGAAAAUAUUCUAUUUAUUAUCUGUGGACCAGAUAAGAAAAAUAUGAACAACACUCGAAUGGAAGUGUACAUAUCUCAUGAGCCGGAUGGUACAUCAGUAAAGAAUAUCAUUCAUUUUGUACAAAUGUACGAUUCUAAUCUAUUUCAAGCGUACGAUUAUGGGUCACCCGACAAAAAUCGUCAGCAUUAUAAUCAAACAACUCCACCCGUAUAUACAAUUCGUCCAAUGAAAAUUCCCACAGCAAUAUUUUGGUCACCGGAUGACUGGUUAGCAGAUCCCGUAGAUAUGGGUUUUAUUUUUGAUAAUGUCCAAAACUUAGUCUAUGAAAAAUAUCUUCCCGGUUACAAUCAUUUAGACUUCGUCUGGGCAAUGACAGCAAACAAAAUGAUUUAUGUAGACUUGAUCGAGCAAAUGCAAAAAUAUCAUCCAGCAAGAUGA